AUGGUGAAAGCUGUAGAAUUGACGUUUGGUAAGAAGAAACACAUUCCAUGUUUGGCUCAUACGUUAAAUUUGGUGGCUGAAGGCACAAUGGCAUGUAUUGAGUGGCAAAAAAUUGUUACUAAAAUUAAAGCAAUUGUGACCUGGUUCAAACAAAGUUGCGUUGCUAGUGACGAAUUGCGCAAAGCUACUUCUACUGAGACUAAACUUAUACAAAGUGUACCGACGCGCUGGAAUAGUACUUACUACAUGGUACAAAGAUUUUUAGAACUGCGGAGUGUCAUAAAUGAUAUUCUUUUUCGACACGCCACCGCACCCCCAAUGCUCAGCAGUUCAGAUAUUAUCUAUUGCCUCAUCCGUCCUCCUGAUAUUGCGGCCUUUGGAGCAGGUGUCGCAGGAGAACCUGUGGCACGAGAAGUGCAAAAACUGGCUCUGCAGGAAAUUACGAAAAGAAUGGGUUCCAUUGAACAUGUAACUCCUGUUGCUAUAGCAAACAUUUUAGACCCACGUUUUAAAAAACUUCACUUUAACGAUGCAAUAGCUUGUAGCGAUGCUGUAUCGAAAAUCAAAGAUUUAAUGAAGGUUCAUUUGCGUCAAAUCGAAGAAAUCAAGUCAGACUCGGAUAAGUCUGAUAAAAGUGAAGAGACAUUUUCAUUAUGGAGUGAUCAUUACAAACUGGUACAUCGUAAUUGGAAGAGUAAUAAAUCUGAAGAUAGCUUGUCGGAUAAACUUUCAGUUUAUCUGACAAGUCCUGUUGGAAGACUUAACGACAAUCCCCUAGAAAUUUGGAAAGAUUACAAAGUACAGUUUCCAAUAUUGCAUAAAAUUGCCUUCAAAUAUUUAACAAUGGUGGGCACAUCAGUACCAUCAGAGAGACUUUUCGCAAGCGGCGUAGGUAAUGACUCAACAAAGGAAUAG